GCCUCCGCGGCCGCGUCGCCUCCUCCGCCCGGGCCGUCCGCCGCCGCCGCCGCCGCGCGGGGAGAGCGAGGCGGGGCCGCCGGGGCCGCCAUGGAGCCCGACGCGGUGAUCGAGGACAAGACGAUCGAGCUCAUGUGUUCUGUGCCCAGGUCUUUGUGGCUAGGCUGCGCCACCCUGGCAGAGAGCAUGUGCGCACUGAGUUGCCUGCACAGCAUGCCCAGUGUCGGCUGUCUCCAGAUAAGUAACGGAACGUCAUCUGUGAUCGUCUCCAGAAAGAGACCCUCGGAAGGCAACUAUCAAAAGGAAAAAGACUUGUGUAUUAAGUAUUUUGACCAGUGGUCUGAGUCAGAUCAGGUGGAGUUUGUGGAGCACCUCAUUUCACGGAUGUGUCAUUAUCAGCAUGGACAUAUUAACUCUUACCUGAAGCCCAUGUUACAGCGGGACUUCAUUACUGCCUUACCAGAGCAAGGCUUAGAUCAUAUAGCAGAAAACAUUCUCUCCUACCUGGACGCCAGGUCGUUGUGUGCAGCAGAGCUGGUGUGCAAGGAAUGGCAGCGCGUCAUCUCAGAGGGCAUGCUUUGGAAGAAGCUCAUUGAAAGGAUGGUGCGCACAGACCCACUCUGGAAGGGGCUGUCCGAGCGGAGAGGGUGGGAUCAGUACCUGUUUAAAAACAGACCCACAGAUGGCCCUCCCAAUUCAUUUUAUAGGUCAUUAUACCCAAAGAUUAUCCAGGAUAUAGAGACUAUAGAAUCUAACUGGCGGUGUGGACGACACAACCUGCAGAGGAUCCAGUGCCGCUCUGAAAAUAGUAAAGGUGUCUACUGCUUACAGUAUGAUGAUGAGAAGAUCAUCAGUGGCCUCCGUGAUAAUUCCAUUAAGAUCUGGGAUAAAAGCAGCCUGGAGUGUUUGAAGGUGCUCACGGGCCACACGGGCUCGGUACUUUGUCUCCAGUACGAUGAGCGGGUCAUCGUGACGGGCUCCUCGGACUCCACAGUGAGAGUAUGGGACGUGAACACAGGUGAGGUGCUGAACACGCUGAUCCACCACAACGAGGCGGUACUGCACUUACGCUUCAGCAACGGGCUGAUGGUGACCUGCUCUAAGGACCGCUCCAUCGCUGUUUGGGACAUGGCCUCAGCCACCGACAUCACCCUGCGUCGGGUCCUUGUGGGUCACCGUGCGGCUGUCAACGUGGUGGACUUCGAUGACAAGUACAUCGUGUCAGCCUCUGGUGACAGGACCAUCAAAGUGUGGAGUACAAGUACCUGUGAGUUCGUGCGAACCCUGAAUGGGCACAAGCGAGGCAUCGCCUGUCUCCAGUACCGGGACCGGCUGGUGGUCAGCGGCUCAUCAGACAACACCAUCAGGCUGUGGGACAUCGAGUGUGGUGCCUGUUUGCGAGUUCUAGAAGGACACGAAGAAUUGGUCCGCUGUAUCCGGUUCGAUAACAAGAGGAUCGUCAGUGGGGCCUAUGAUGGGAAAAUCAAAGUCUGGGAUUUGCAAGCUGCCCUGGAUCCUCGAGCCCCAGCAAGCACGCUGUGUUUGCGUACCUUGGUGGAACAUUCUGGACGCGUGUUCCGGCUCCAGUUUGAUGAGUUUCAGAUCAUCAGCAGCUCCCACGAUGACACUAUUUUGAUCUGGGACUUCUUAAACGUGCCUCCCAGUGCCCAGAAUGAGACCCGCUCUCCUUCCAGAACCUACACAUACAUCUCCAGAUAACAGUCUGCACUUGACCAAGUCAGGGUUUCCUAGUCUUGAACUACUGGCUACAUGGCCACCAAACGCCUACCGAGUUCUUCACGCUGAGUUAUGAAGCUGGAAUUGGUUCUAGACGCUGGGUAGAUGCAAAGCAGCCUAACUCUUCAAGUACCGACAUUUCUCACCUUCGUUCCCUGCCUCUACUUGGAGAAGGACACAGUUGCUUCACUGACUUCAAGUAGACCCAAAGCCCCUUUCCCCCCUGCCCUCUGUGGAAAAACAAAACAACAACAACAAAAAAAAUCCAACAAAACAAAAAAAUAUUCAAAAACAACAAAACAAAAAAAACUUCUCAUGCUUCCAGUGUAAACUGUUCAUUUCUGAGGAACACGGUAGAAGUCACUGAGGGCUCGAGAAGACUUGUCCUCUAAUUUAUAUUGCUUUGCACUUUGGCCUGAUAUCAAGAAACGGCAUUCUUCAGGAAAGAUUGGGUGCCAAACACCUACCCAGGAUGUCCAGGGCUUUCCUGUGCAGAAGCUAACAUUCAUCUUCUGAUGGCUAUGUUGUUAUGAAUUCUGGCUUGUAUUAGAAACAUGCUGGACAAUGGAAACAUUUCUCUGGGUUGUUUUAGUACUAUUUUUUUGUUUGUUUGUUUUGGAUUCUACUUCCUCUCUGUACCGGUUUCUUUUAAUUUAAAGAAUUAUAAGCCAGGUUAUAUUAUCUCCCAGCAGGUGAUAUAGCUUUUUUUUUUAAUUAACUAUUCUCUGAAAACCUCCAAGCAUCUGAUACUUGGUAGAGUUAACACCUUUACCUGCGUGCUCGCCUCCUAAUUUAAAAUACUGUAUCCGCAUGUAGAUAUAAUGUACAUAACAGUUGAACCUCAAGAUGGCUGGAGUCUGCCCAGGCCAGAGACACUAAUCCAGCAUGUGUUCACACUUAGCCGUGGACUGGGCUCUAAAACCUGAUGUCAGGACAAAUGUGGAUUGCCUGGGACCCUUCCUGCAGUCAGUAUUCAUGGUGUUCUUUGCUUGUUUCAUUGUGUGUGUCUGUGUCUGUGGUUCAUUGGAAUUCUGUCAUUUCUAAAGUUCCACACAAAACGUCUUACCUUUUGUGCAAGUAUAUGCAAUAGAGAGAGGUACCUUAAUGUUUUCUUUUGGUGGUGGUGGUGGGGGGAGUGAGUUGUUACUGUCAUUUUCCUCCUCCUCCACCUGAGUGCUAGCAAUCAUGUCCAUAGUAUUCAUUUGACAUUGCUGUCAAAUUCAUUGCCCUGUGUGUCUGUCACCCUGGUAAGGGAGGAAGACGAGGCCCUGGGAGUGGGAUUUCCAGGUGGCCCUGAGGCCUAUCUCUUGUGGAAGGGACCCAGUUCCUGGUGCAGAACCUCAAGCUCACAAACCCCACUCCCUGCCAUCUCUGGUGCCACCUGCCGCCGUGGUCCCAGCAGGUGCUCCGCCGCCUGGAUGCGGUCAGCUGACCACGCAUGCCAAGGGCUUAGGCCUCCUGUUGGCACUGCUUCUCCCUCUGCCCCUUCAGUAGUAGGUUUCAAUUUGCCCCUUGCCCUUGUUUCCAAAGAUCAAGGAAUGUCCGUGCUGUUUGAAAGGACCAAUAAGAAUCUCCUCUCGACUAGCUGUGUUCCCAUGGAAAGGGAUAGGUCCUGGCCUGCUUUGUCUUUGGCAUUGAGAGCGGUGCGGGGAUCAAAAUGUGUGUGUGUGUGUGUGUGUGUGUUCGUUCAUGAAUUCGUGCAUGUCUGCACAUGUGUGUGUGCGCAUGGGGGCUGGGAGGGCUGACUUACACAUUUUCAUUUUUCUCCCUUCUUGUUUUUACACUCUUUCCUCCUAUGACUUACACUUAAUUUCUGUUGUGGUGGAGCAGUUGGAUCUCAAAUGAGCCUUCUCCUUCUGAGCCUGAGAGGGGUUGUGAAAGCAACUUGCCUUUUGCCGCAUCUUCCAGGUUUAAUUACAAAGAACUUGGAUGGAGGGGG